AUGUGGAAGACCACCAUCCAGGCGAGAGUCGCGGAUCGGGGAUGCUGCCACACCGGCACGUACGGCCACUUCGCGCAGGCGGUCUGGUCCAUCACCCGCUACAUCGGCUGUGGCGUAGUCACUCACCAGGGCGGCCUGGGCACGAAGGCUGAGCAGCGCACUGGAAACCAUGGCUGCAGCGAAUGGGGCGAGGAGCUGGAGGCCACAGCUCAGGCGCAGGCGGAGCAGUGCACUGGAAACCAUGGCUGCAGCGAGUGCCGAGCUAGCCGCAAGGCCAACAGCGAUCGUAGCCGACCUGUGCUGCUGUACUGCAAUUACGGGCCUGGUGGUAAUGUCGUCAGCAAGCCAACGUACCGGAUGGGGCGGACGUGCUCUGCGUGCCCGCAGGGCACCAAGUGCAACUCGCGGUACGAGGGUCUCUGCAACGUGGCGUCGUAG